AUGUCUAAUGAAGAAAAGAUCACAGUUGAUCAAUAUGGUAGAAAGAAGUGGAAUUUAGAAGUAUAUGCAAAAGAAGCAAAAGAUAAAAAAAAUAAAUCCAAAAAUCAAACAGAUGAACAACAAUUAAGUAAGAAAUAUGGAUUAGAUCCAAACAGUAAUGAUACAUCAAAAGCUUAUAUCAAGCAUAGAGAUGAUUUAUUAAAAACUUCAUUAGAUGCUGUUAAAACUUACAAUUUAAUUAAUCCAGAUAAUGAUAAUUUAUCAUCUUUUGGAGCAAAUAAAAGAUUUGGGUUCUUUUGCCCAGUAUGUGACUUAUCAUUUCGAGAUAAUUUAUCAUUAAUCGAUCAUUUAAAUUCUCCACAACAUAUAAAUAAAAUUAUUCAAUUAAAUCAAAAGGAAGGACAAAAUGAUGACACUAAUGAAAUAUUAGAUGGUGGAAUACGAAGAGCUAGUUUAAAAGAAGUUAUUAUGACCAUGGAGAAAUUAAUUAAGCAAAAGAUUGCGGAAAAGAAUGAUCAAGAUAUGGAAUCUGCUGGCGGAUUAACGUUUAGUGAACGAAUUGAGAGAAGGAAGUUAUUUGAAGAAAACAAAAGAGAAAAACGAUUGAGUAAGAGACAAUUACAGAAACAGAGGAAGAAACAAAAAAUAGAGGAUGAAAAAGCUUCUUAUCAGCAACUGGAGAGUGAUAUUAACAACAUGAUGGGAUUCGGCAAUUUUGGCUCUACUAAAUCAAAAUAA